AUUGCUUUGUCACUUAUGUCCGUUAGGCUUACGUUUUGCAGAAAUACGAACUGGAGCGGACGCUUGUUUUUGCACAGGACGUGUUGCGGAAUCAUGCUGCCCCGCUUCACAUACCUUCGAUGAGAUUUGGUUGCUGCAGAGUCGGGAGACUGCCACAAAGAAUGCAAUGGGCGUUUGCACACCAGCAAGUGAUUGCUGUACAUUCCAAAAUGCCGAAAUUGUUUGAGGGACACAAUGACUAUCAGUCUAAAAACCGACGGUCAUCUGACGGUCACCAUUACUUCUACUAUUUCCUGUAACGUUCUCAACGAAAUCUAAUCGAGGCAACGGCUCCCUUUCUCAUAGUCUUACAGAGAAGACUGCUUCAUCAGAUGUGGAUCUUCUGCGAUGCGAUUGUGCACUUGAAAGAAAGACUUCAAACUCAUAUUUAUAAAGCCAUUCCUGUAACUACCAAAUCGAAAAAGGAAAGAAAUCACUGCAGCAGUGCUCGAUCACACAUAUGUACAACAUUGGUUAGAUUAUUUGAUCAGUUUACAAAGAAAUUUACGUGAUGCGAUGAGAUCAUUCAUCUAGAAUCAAAGAGGUAAUAAUAAAUCUGU